GCCUUACACUCGGUAGUUGUUUCUGAGGGAAAGGGGAUCGGCGAUAGGCGCAACACGAGAAUUCCCCACAAGACCAUCGAAUUCCCCACCCGCAACCCUUUGCUCGACUCAAAACCCUCGACAAGCGCUGUCGACCUCGCGCGGCCGCCGCAACAAUGGCGUCCCUUUUCAAGGACCCGAGCAAGCUGUCGGUGUACAGGGACCGGCGGUUCCCUGGGACGCAGGAGGAGUUUGAGGCGGCGCUGCUGGCGUCGCUGACGGUGUACGUGGGGAACAUGUCCUUCUACACCACGGAGGAGCAGGCCUACGAGCUGUUCUCCCGCGCCGGCGAGAUAAAAAAGAUCAUCAUGGGCCUCGACAAGAACACCAAGACCCCCUGCGGCUUCUGCUUCGUACUGUACUACUCCAGGGAAGAUGCUGAAGAUGCAGUAAAAUAUAUUAGUGGCACAAUGCUUGAUGAUCGCCCAAUCCGUGUUGAUUUUGAUUGGGGCUUUGAAGAAGGCAGGCAAUGGGGCCGUGGAAGGAGUGGUGGACAAGUCCGAGAUGAGUACCGCACGGAUUAUGAUCCUGGAAGAGGUGGCUAUGGCAAGAUGGUUCAGAAAGAGCUAGAAGCACAAAGAGAAUUAGUUGACUAUGGUGUAGGUUUUCAAACGAAUGCUCCACCGCAGUUUGAUAGAGCUGACAGGAAGAGAGGAUAUGGCGACCGGAAUGACAGAGGAGAUUACCAACGGAGACGGUCGGCACCAGAUAUGGCCAGGAGAGCAACUGACUCGGAUUCUAAGAGAGAUGCUAAUCAAGAGCCUGAAAAGAAUCCCAGGUUUCGCGAGAAAGGUGAUUCUGAUGAUGAAGAUGAUGACUACGAUAAGAAACGCCGGCGCUGAACCCGAGAAGCAAAUUGCUGCCAUAUUCAAAUGCACAAUAGUAGUAUUAUCUAUCUGUUUGUAUGCCAUAUGACUUGAUUUUCCCUUGAGCCAUUCACAUUUUGCCUGCAUUUUAGAAUCAGUUCAUCAACAUAGUGCAGCCUUUGCAUGACUUGCACCCCCUGAAACUCUUGCAUGUGUAUGCUGCUGAUUAAGACUAUUAGUUUUAAGAAUAGUGACCAUUGGGUGCUGGCCACUGAUUAGUUGAA